GCCACCGCGGACGAAGUACGGAUGAAUUUAGCUGCUCUGCAGCAACGUGAUCCAUACAUAACGGGCAUUAUUGAUACAGCCAAACAAGUGGCACUGUAUUCCUUUAAUUCAAAGGAUAGCGAAUGGGAGAAGACAGAAAUAGAAGGGACACUCUUUGUUUAUCAGAGGUCUGCCAAUCCUACCCAUGGGUUCAUAGUGCUGAACAGGCUGGGGAUGAACAAUCAAAUAGAACCAAUCACCAAAGAGGUAGAAUUCCAGGCACAAACACCAUUCUUGCUGUACAGAAAUGGAAAAUCUAUAUGUGGUAUAUGGUUCUAUGACAAAGAAGAAUGUGAAAGAAUUUCAGAAUUAGUAAAUAGCGUAGCCAGCCAGCUGAAGAGAGCUGGUAAUAAUCGCAGCAAAGGUGCUGAGGACGGCAAGAUGAGCAGUUCUCAAAGGAGACAGGUGGAUAUCAUGCAGAUGUUAUCCAAGGCACAGGAUGAGUACGACAAGAGCUCCAAGGAGCCCCAGCCAAUGAUAGACAAUCCAGGGGCCAGUGCUACCCCUGUUAGCUCCAGUGACUUGCUCAAACCAACCCCCAGAGUGGCCUCUCCACAUCUUGCUGGUGGAGAUGGCGCCAGCAGCUCUGGGACCACUCAGAUCAGUGUGGAGACACUGUUCAAGACAGCCCUGAACUCCAAUCUGGCCGGCCCUCCCAGUCCUGCUGGGAAACAGAACAGAUCUCAGUCUUUAAGUUGUGAGAGUCCACAGAUGACAGGUCCAGAGGCGAACAGUGAUAUGCCGCCAUUGCUGAAGCGCCUGAUGUCUGUGAGCACGGUGGAGGAGAUUGAGAGACAGCAGAGGAACGAGUACCAGCCUAAGACUGACCAGAGCGGGUCAAGAGUGGACCAGCUGGACCCAUUGGUGGGCAGCAGUGCAGGGGCAUACACAGACGGUUCCUACAGUCCAGACACCCAGUUAAAAAGAACAUUGAACAUUUUACCCAGCUCAUCAAAGGAGCGCCUUGCUAAUUUCCCAUCCUCUCCUCAAAUCGGUCCCACCACAAACCCUCUAGCUGGAGCGGGAGGGGGAAGACCUGUGUUUGGGCUGUUCUCUUCAGAGUUACCCACUUCCGAUGCCCCUCCCUCCCAGCGGAGGUCCCCUGCAGUGCCUAGUCAGCCUACACCCCCUAGUACACAGAGCCUCCAUCAGCCGGCUGGGGGUGUCAGUGGAAGUCUAUCUAGUCAGUAUCAUUCCGCCCCAAACUUGCCAGGUAUUGGUGUAUAUGGUCAGGUGGCCCCCGCGUCCACCCUAGUCACUCCACAGGCCUUGAGCCAACUGUCCUCUGCUGUCUCUAUUACUCAGACUAGGCCAGCCACAGUGUUGAUAUCUCCCAUGGCAUUUGAGCAACCAGUCAAGAAGUCCAGCCCGCCUGUGUCAGCAGGUCCAGUGGCUGCGGCCUCACAGAUGUUCUCUUAUACAGGCGGAGGUCCAGUGUGCACCUCUUCUCCAGACCAGAGCCCCCCAGUGGCGCCCCCUGGUCCUGCUCACAUUAACCCUCUGACCAGAGAACAGAUGCAGCAGGCCUUGUUAUAUCUGAUUAAGAAUGACCCUAGUUUCAUGUCAGUUCUCCAUGAGGCAUAUGUGAAAAGUUUGACAGAAAGUUUCAGCAAGAGAUGAGACCAGUGCUGCCACCUGCAGAGUCCAGUAGCCAUCUUUGUUUAUUUGAUGCACAGAAAGGCAAAGAUGAUGUUGGGUCAUUUUAUUUAAUGGUAUUAUGAUAUAUAUUACAAAUAGAUUGGACUGAAUUUGUACCUUUGUCAUUGCAUAUGUUGUAAGAUUUUUUAAAAAUAUUAAUCACAUGACAUUGCACUGUAAGCAGAUUUCAAGAUAUUACGAUUGUUUGACCUUGUUUUGGGAUGACGAGAAGGAAUCCCUUUAUUUUGUGGUUUUUGUAACUGCAGUUGAGUAAAAAACCUGGGAACAGCUGAGGAUAUUUACUUUUCCAGGAAUUUUUCUGUAUAGUGCUUGUUUGUUUUUUCCCCUUCAAUUAUUAUAUAGCAUCAGUUUGAUUUUAAAAACAUACCACUUAAGUAUUAUGUGAAUGUAACAGCGUUGGAAUUUGGAUUCUUAAGUUUAGUAAUUCACAGUUCUGUUACAGUAAAGGAUACCUAUUAUUUGAUGUUAAUUUGUUCUUCAUGUGAUGCAUAUGCGAUAUUUAUACAUGUACAAAGACAGGAAUGAUUCAGAUUCCUUACUAAACCUGCGCCAAAUCAUUUAUUGUACUUAAGGGGGUGAUAAUUUCUAGCCAUUUUCAGUCAUUGUCUGUACAUUUUGAUCAUUUCAAGAGUUCAAAAUACAUAGAAAAUUAAUACAAAUAACCAGAAAUAAUCAUUUUUUUUCUUUUUUUUUUUUACCCCAGGCAGCAAUGUCCCCCCUUUAAGGAUUGAGAUAGUAUUUACAUUGCACGUUACGUUGGUGCCUAUUUUGCAGUUGGUGGAAUUAGUAUAACAAAGGCCAAGGUAUUCACAUAUAAUACUCUGCUGUUUCCUUUAUCUGUAAGAUAUUGUUAUAAAAAAUGAAGAUAACCAUAUAGAAGAAUACUGGUGCCAUGACUUAAUGAUCAAAAUACAGGAUAUGUCUAUUGAUUAUUUUGCUUUCACUGCCAUGGAUCAGGUGAUCUGAUUGUGGCAUGUGAUUGGUUACUUGUCACAUGAUUAAAUACUGACAUAUCAUUGGUCCUGAUGCAUAAUGUGGCAGAAUAGUGACUUUUCUGGCUUUGCAAUAAGCAGAUUAUUGAAGGACCAGUGGUUGCCAUAAGGUGUGAUGCUGAAUUACUAUUAAACCAUGCAUGGCAAGAGUCAUGCUAGUUACUUGCUAUUGGCCAUUGUGCAACAUGGCCUGUAUUGGUUAUAUUAUUGGCCAGUCUGAGUCACAUGACCAUGGACGAAAUGGAAUUGGUCAGUAUGCCAUAUGAAACAUGCUGAUGAAAACUCAUUGGCCAAUGUGCAUUAUGUGGUACCUUGUCAUUGGUCCGUAGGAAUCGUGGCAAGACAAAGCCGCAUUUUUGGCUGAUAUCUUUCAUAUGACAAUUCUGGUGAGGUAUAGAUUGGUUAGUGACAUUCAAGCUUUGCUCUUACAUGUCAGCAAUGAAAUUUCUCGUUGCUGGAACUGAUUAGUAGAUCCAAACAUCAUAAAUGCUUUGUGAUAACUUACAUAUUGGUUAGAUCUUGUAAUGUCCUAGAUUUAUAUAUGGUGAAUUGUUGUCUUGUUUGUGCAACAUAUAUUAUUUUGCAGGAUUGCCAUAGGUCCACGUAAUAUGUCAGGUGACUAGAAAGUAAAUUCCCAUUGGUGCACAAAAGUCAUGUGAUAUUAUUUUGUUGACAUGUUGUUGACUUAUUAUUGGUAAAGUCAUGCCAUGCCAUGUUAUUUUGUUACAAAGUAAUAAUCAGGUUGAGCUGAAAUUAGAGUAGCUUAAAGCGUGAAUAAUCAGUUGGUGUUUGCUGCAAUGCAUACAUUACACUGUGUUUCCUGUGUUGGAAUUCAGUGAAAGCCGGUGAGACGUAGAUCUGUGAGGGAAUUUCUUAAUUUCCUAUAUACAAGACCCAGAG